CGGGGACGGCCUGCGCGUCUCGGGCUCGGCGGCCCGGCCUGGGGUCUCGGUCCAGCAGCUCGACAUGGAGACCCAGCGCUCAUCGCCCCUGUCAUUCCCCAACGUUCUGCCUGAAGAAACCCCGCGGCAGGCCCCUGCUGGACUCCCCCGGGAAGCCCUGUUCCAGUCCCGCGUUCUUCCCCCCAAAGAAGUUCCUUCUUUGUCUCCCUCCGUCCCCCGGCAAGGCUCCCGGCCCCUCACUCCCAAGCAAGAGACCUCUGUCCGGAUGCAGCACACCCUCCAGAAGGGACCCUCACUCCUGUACCCUGCCGCCUCUGAGCAAGAGACGCAGCUCCAGGGCCCCUUGACUUCCCAGGAAGAGACCCCGUAUCCAGCGCCAGCUGCUGCUGAACAAGAAAUCUCACUGCUCUCUCACUCCACCCACCACCAAGAAGCCCCACUCCACUCCCCUGAAGUUCCCGAGAAAGACCCUCUCACCCUCUCCCCCACAGUUCCCGAGGCCGACAUGGACCCCCUGCUCCAGAGCCCAGUUUCCCAAAAGGAGACCCCCUUCCACAUCUCUUCUGCAGCCCAGAAGGACACGCCACUCCCGACGGCGGAGAUCACCCGCUUGGCCGUGUGGGCUGCCGUCCAAGCGGUGGAGAGGAAACUGGAGGCCCAGGCCAUGCGGCUGCUGACGCUGGAGGGGCGGACGGGGACAAAUGAGAAAAAGAUAGCCGACUGCGAGAAGACGGCCGUGGAGUUCGCGAACCACCUGGAGAGCAAGUGGGUCGUGCUGGGGACGCUGCUGCAAGAGUACGGGCUGCUGCAGAGGCGCCUGGAGAACAUGGAGAAUCUGCUGAAAAACAGAAAUUUCUGGAUCCUGCGGCUGCCCCCGGGCAGCAACGGAGAAGUCCCCAAGGUUCCCGUCACCUUCGAUGACGUCGCUGUCCAUUUCUCGGAGCAGGAGUGGGGGAACCUGUCCGAGUGGCAGAAGGAGCUGUACAAGAAUGUGAUGAGGGGCAACUACGAGUCUCUGGUCUCCAUGGACUAUGCAAUUUCCAAGCCAGACCUCAUGUCACAGAUGGAGCGCGGGGAGAGGCCGACCAUGCAGGAGCAGGAAGACUCGGAGGAGGGCGAGCCGCCCGCAGACCCCAGUGCCGCCCACGACGGCAUCGUGAUUAAGAUCGAGGUGCAGACCAACGACGAGGGCUCCGAGAGCUUGGAGACGCCGGAGCCCCUGAUGGGACAGGUGGAAGAACACGGCUUCCAGGACUCAGAGCUGGGGGACCCAUGUGGGGAGCAGCCCGACCUGGACAUGCCGGAGCCGGAAAACGCGCUGGAGGAGUCGGCGGAGGGCUCCGGCGAGUUCAGCGACCUCAAGCAGAUGCUGGUGCAGCAGAGAAGCUGCGCAGAGGGGAUCGUGAUCAAGACCGAGGAACAGGACGAGGAGGAGGAAGAAGAGGAGGAGGACGAGCUGCCGCAGCACUUGCAGGACCUCGGGGAGCUGUCCGGGAGGUACGAAGCCAGUAUGUACCAGACCCCGCUGCCGGGGGAGCUGUCCCCCGAGGGCGAGGAGAGCCCCCCGCCCCUGCAGCUGGGAAACCCAGCGGUGAAGAGGCUGGCGCCUGUGUCCCACGGCGACCGGCACAUGAGCGACAACCGGGGCUCCUCGAGCCAGCAGCAGCGGAACCGGCGCGGCGAGCGGCCCUUCACCUGCAUGGAGUGCGGCAAGAGCUUCCGGCUGAAGAUCAACCUCAUCAUCCACCAGCGCAACCACAUCAAGGAGGGGCCCUACGAGUGCGCCGAGUGCGAGAUCAGCUUCCGGCACAAGCAGCAGCUGACGCUGCACCAGCGCAUCCACCGCGUCCGCGGGGGCUACGGGUCGCCCGAGCGCGGGCCUGGCUUUGCCUCCAAGCACGUGCUCAAGCCGCGCCCCAAGUCGCCCAGCUCGGGCAGCGGUGGCGGCCCCAAGCCCUACAAGUGCCCCGAGUGCGACAGCAGCUUCAGCCACAAGUCGAGCCUGACCAAGCAUCAGAUCACGCACACGGGGGAGCGGCCCUACACGUGCCCCGAGUGCAAGAAGAGCUUCCGCCUGCACAUCAGCCUGGUCAUCCACCAGCGCGUGCACGCGGGCAAGCACGAAGUCUCCUUCAUCUGUAGCCUGUGCGGCAAGAGCUUCAGUCGCCCGUCGCACCUGCUGCGCCACCAGCGGACUCACACGGGUGAGCGGCCCUUCAAGUGCCCCGAGUGCGAGAAGAGCUUCAGCGAGAAGUCCAAGCUCACCAACCACUGCCGGGUGCACUCGCGUGAGCGCCCCCACGCCUGCCCCGAGUGCGGCAAGAGCUUCAUCCGCAAGCACCACCUGCUGGAGCACCGGCGCAUCCACACGGGCGAGCGGCCCUACCACUGCGCCGAGUGCGGCAAGCGCUUCACGCAGAAGCAUCACCUGCUGGAGCACCAGCGCGCGCAUACCGGCGAGCGGCCCUACCCCUGCACGCACUGCGCCAAGUGCUUCCGUUACAAGCAGUCGCUCAAGUACCACCUGCGGACCCACACGGGCGAGUGAGCCCGCCCGCUGCCGUCUGGCCCGGCAGCCGCGAGGCCUGAGCCCAGCCGGCGGGGCGCCCCCAAGCCCCUUUGCUGUGAGCCCCCCCUCCUUUUGUCCCUCCUCCCAAGGACACGGGGGUCCUGAGACCAGGUCGCUUGCUGCCUUGUUUACCCGGGGCCCCAGGGGGAGAGCGUGGACCUGGGGAACCCCUUCGGGCUGUUAAUUUCCUUGACAAUAAAACGGAUGAAACCAAUCAGCACGGGGGGAGUGAUUUGGCCGGCCAUGCGGAGGGGCGGGGCGGUGCAGGGCCACUUAGUUGGGUA